AUGUUCGCUGUGAACGAGCCGUCUCGAGCGUACAGCAUUGAGGUGACGCUUGGAGAGAGGAUCUACAAUCCCGGGGAUUUGAUCCAAGGCCGUAUUCAUCUGAGCCUCAAUCGGAAGCUUUUCUGCGACACUAUCCUGGUACAACUCUAUGGCGCCGUGAAAGUGUUUUGGACUGCAACAACUCAGGAUGACCAGGGUACUUUUCAACGUAUACCAUUUGCACAGAAAGAGGUUCUCGUCAACCAGAAGAGUGUCGUUUGGAGUGCAGAAAACAAGCCGAAAACAUUGCCGAAGACAUUGUCUGUGAGUGCUUUUGAAAUCUCAUUUCUCUGCAAUCCAGAUAUUCCUCCGAGUUGUUCCACUCAAUUCAGCUUAUUUUAA